AAAAACAGUGCAAAAAUUGCUUAACUGUCAACUUGUAUCAGUAACCACUCAGCUGUAUUUUCUUAAAGUUGAUGAUUUUGUUACGUGCGUUGUAAGGACCAUACUAAGUUUUAAUAUAUUUUUAAUUAAAUACAAAUUAGAAAUUAGAAUAAACAUUAAUCUUCUUAAAUGUCUACUUUCAAGAUUCCAUGAAGUUAAGUUUGAAGGUGUUGAAUGUCGAUCGUCGAUCCAUUGACUUAGAAUGGAACAAGCCGCAAGAUAUUCUAAAGCCCCUAUUCAAAUUGACUAUGAAUGAAAAUAAUCAAAAUUCUGUGAUUAUAUACAGGGGAUUUCAUAAUUAUUUUUGUGUUAAAAAUUUAUCUGGUAGCCAUCUUUACAAAUUUAAUCUACAAAUAGAAUUGCAUAAUGUAAGUUCAGAGAAUUCAGUGUUGGAUACAGCUACAGUCAGUUUAACUACAAAAAGUGAAUGUCCGAGUAUCACUGCAUUUCAUCAUAGUGCCUAUCAAAAUUUACCGUUGCUCUUUCAGGAGUUCUUAGAUACAAGAGCUCAUGAUAUAAACAUUUACAACGAGUUGGGCGAGUGUAGUUUGUCCAAAGCUUGUGCAGCUGGCCAUAACGACAUGGUACUUACUCUAUUGCAAUACGGAGCAGAUGUGAAUUUACCAAAUUUGUUUACAAGAAUUACACCGUUGAUGACAGCUGCUUACCAUGGUCAUGGAGAUAUAAUAAGAAUAUUAGCUCGCAAUGAUGCCGACUUUACUUUAAAAGAUAUAAAUUUAAAAACAGCACUUCAUUAUGCAGUAGAUGGAUCUCAUAAUGACGCAGUUAAGAUGCUCCUGGAAGGAAAUUGGGGUGAUGUAAACUCAGUAGACUCUAAAGGUUGGACUCCAUUAAUGAGAGCAGUGUUGAUGUUUGCCAAUUUGGAUGUGAUCAAAACCCUUAUUUCACAUGGUUCAGAUUUAAGUACUAAAGAUAAAAAUGGUCAAGAUAUUUGGCAGUUGGCUCAUUUAUCAAAUAACUUGAAAGCCUUAGAAAUAUUACCAAAUUAAAUUAUUAGACUUUCUCAUGG